AUGAAAUUUUCCAUAACCAUCGCAUUCAUCUUUGGCCUAUUUAUUCUUACGCUCAUUGAAGGUCACUUAGUAUGGAUACAGAACAGGGCAUUAAGUGGCACAAUUACUUGUGCUGCUGCCACCCAUGAAAAUGAAGGUGACAAAUUUAGUUUUAAUGAACUAAACGACGCAAUCGACGAAGUUUGUAAAACUUCUCACGAUGGAUAUUAUUUGAAUAUUUCUGAUACAAUACAAACAUAUUGGCUCGUUUUCGGAGUGGAAUGGUCUACUGAAGACUAUAAAUGGCGCGGCCCAUUCACCAAUAAUGGAAAUCAAUGUUGGCAUUUCCAUGGUAUUGAAGAUGGUUGGAGUGUGUAUCCGUGUCCGUAG